CGGAAGUGAAAAAAUAGUAAUUCUAUUUUUCAAUCUCGGUAUCUGGGUAUCUGAAAAGGUGGUUACCCUAUUACUCACACAUGGUGAUGUUUAAGGCUCAAUUACUGAAAGCAUAAUGUUAAUUUUAACGACAUGAAAUUCGGUAUUCAUUCUACUAAAGAUAUUAGCAAUUAGUGACACGCAUGACAAGAUAUUAGUGACACUUAAAGGUACUUAGACUCGAGACUUUUAAGCCUCUCCUCGUAGAUCAUUAUGAGUUUUUUUUUAGCAAUUGCCACCGACACAAAGAGAAUACUUUUCAUGGUCGCCAAUAAGAGCUCAAUAUCUUCUACCAUCACGACUCAGCGAUUUGAGGCGGUCAGGAAUGGCUUGGUAUUUUUUGAGAACCUAUGUAUGCAUAGCAUAUAACAGCACUCAGAAAGAACUUACGUAUUUAGAUGUCAAUACGACUGAAUUACGCUUUAAAAUAAAACCUUUUUGUAGAGCGAAUAAGCUUGUCCUACUUUCUUUGAGUAUUAGUUUUAAGGGCCCGGUUUCUCGGAUCACUUUUUCUAAGAGUCUCAUUCGCUCAAUUGGCAGGAGUACGACUAAAGGGUUAAAGGGGCAUAUCCAAAAUAGCUCAAAAAAGUGCUAGAUAAACGACCACCUCAAUAUAGUCCUAAGUAUGUGGCGAUCAACACGUUAGCUGUUUUCGGUCGAAACUUACAAGGGUAUUAUAUACCGAGGUUGCAGGACAUCGGUAACCCUGCCUUGGGCUAUUUGAACGUUCAAACAGUUUGCAAAUAAAGUAAAUAAAAAAGAUACGCUAGCCUUUAAUACUCGACUUUAACUCCUCAGUUCCUACAGAUUUAGUAUGAAUAGUAUAGCAGUAAUGACAAAAACAACUGCACAACAAUAACCUCAGCUCAUUUAUACCUUGUCAUCAUUUUAAGUCAAGCUGACUUUUAUAUUCUUCUUUAUUCCAUUUGAUUGCAUUUCCUGCAACAAUGACUUUUAAUCUAUUUAUAUGUUGCUGUUUUUUUUUUUUUGCAAACCAACAGCAGGUGGAAUUGAGCUUCAAAACGGGUGAGAUAAUACUCGUUUAUGGUGAUAUGGACGAAGAUGGUUUCUAUAUGGGUGAAUUGGACGGUAUACGGGGUCUUGUACCGUCGAAUUUUCUCGCCGAUGCACCCGAUCAGUACAACAAUCAAAUGGGCCCGGCGGGACGUGGUGGCUUGAGUCAGCGGGGUAGAGGACAAGGCCCCGGCGCUAGAGGGCCACCACCGCCUCCCAGAGAUAAUAUGAUGCCCGGCAUGGCCGGUCAGCGAGGUUCAACCGGCAAACAUGCUCGCCCUGCUUCCCCUACACUGUUAGACAACACGGGCCUCCCUGCCCCCGAUCACCAAACGCAGGGGAUGAUCGGUCGCGGUGGUAAUGUCGGUAUGCAGCAGCAACUUCAACAACAACCAUAUGGUCAGCAACAGACGCAACAGCAACAACAACAGCAGCAACAACAAAUGGGUAUGGGCCAGAUGGGGCAACAACAGCAGGGCAUGAUGGGCCAACAACAGCCGAUGGGAGGACAAAUGGGCCAAAUGGGUACCAUGGGUCAGAUGGGACAGAUGACGCCACAACAACAGCAACAGCAACAGCAACAACAGCAGCAACAACAACAACAACAACAACAGCAGCAACAACAACAACAGCAAAUGGGUAUGAGCGGACAAAUGGGGCAGAUGGGUCAAAUGGGCCAAAUGGGUCCUAUGGGCCAGCAACAACCGCAGCAGCCCGGCAUGAUGGGCCAACAGCAAAUGGGUAUGGGCGGUCCGAUGAGCGGUAUGAUGGGGCAGCAGCAGCAACCGCAACAGCCGCCCGUAACGACGCAGUCCUCUGGCGGUUUAUUCUCCGGGGCGACUAGCCUACUCUCAGGUGCUACUUCGGCUGCCACCGGUGGUCUAUUUGGUUCGAAACAACCACCGAAACAAGAUCCAAUGCAACCACCAGUCGGUGCGCAGCCAAUGCAGCCAGGCCAACAGCAACCGGGCCAACCGCAGCCGGGUCAACCGCCGCAAGGGCAACAGCCACCGCCGCAGGGUCAGGGACCCGGGGCGGGGCUGUUGGGCGGACUGAAGGGCAUUGCAGCGGCGGCGCCAGGCGGCGAUGUACUGUCAAAAGGCAAAGAUCUCUUCGGCAAAUUCGGAUUCGGCUUCGGCAAAUAACCCUGGUCAUUUUGUAGGAACUUUCUAUUUGUAUUGUAUUUAAAUUUGUAUUUAUUAUUAUUACUAAUAUUAACUAAAAGACAAAAACCAAAACGACAACAACAAAAAUCACUAUUAUUAACGCUAAAAUAUUACAAUAAUAGUACAUAUUAUAAAUAUGAUAAUAAAUAUGAUUAUUAUAAAUCAAAUCAAGCAUACGAUGGCAAUAUUGAGUAUGCUAAACUAACGGUACUUAUAUUUUUUAUUACAUAAUAACCAAUGGAGAAUCGCAAGAUGGUGAAUAACGGCGAACAAAAAAUUAAUAUAAAUAUUUAAUAUUUUUUUUUUUGUUGAGUAGCGCUAAAGCGGCGAAUAUACAUAUACAUCGCUUAGAUGAACGGUGGGCUAACGAGGGAGGGCGUAAGUGUAUAUUGACACGGUGGUGCAUGUUAAAUAGAGGCGGCGAAGUAUCUAUAAGUGUUUGGGGGGGAGAAUGGACGCUUGUAUCAGAAAGCGAGUCCCAUAACUAAGUAAAUUUAAAAAUUAAAAAAAAAAAAAUCAACCCGAACACUAAGAGAAACAAAACCUAUAAAAUUGUUGUAAAAACUAAAAUGUAAGUACACAGUUAUACACAGCGGUACACGGACUUACAACGUACAUGACAACUAACAAAUUAAAGCACAUACACAUAUGCAUACAUACAUACACGUUAAUACGUAUAUACAUACCGAAUGACCGUCACGUCUGUGACAACAAAAAUGCAAUAAUAUUCGAUUAAAAAUAAAGAAAUUAAGGAAAAUUAAACACAAAUCGUAAUAUUUAAAAUU